AUGCCGAUCAAGACAUGGCUCACCGAGACGCUUGGGAUUCGCGUCCCUCUAGUGCAAGGAGGCAUGAUGUGGGUUGGAAAGGCAGAGAUGAUCAGUGCAGUCGCGAAUGCAGGCGCACUCGGAUUCCUCACAGCGCUCACCCAACCGACGCCUGAAGCGCUCCGCCAGGAAAUUCGGAGGACAAAGUCCAUGUUGAAGCCCAGCGCAGUCCAGUUUGGUGUGAACAUCACCCUGCUCCCAUCCAUGAACGCACCAGACUACGCUGCGUAUGCACGAGUAGUGGUGGAAGAAGGGAUCAAGAUUGUAGAGACAGCAGGCGACCCAACACCUGUUCUGAAGUACCUCAAAGAUAACGGCGUGACUGUCUUUCACAAGUGCGUUACGUUGAAGCACGCGUUGAGAGCAGAGAAGCUCGGGGUGGACUGCAUCUCAAUCGACGGAAUCGAGUGUGCCGGCCACGGCGGAGAGUACGAUACCACAUCGCUCAUGCUCCUCUCACUUUGCAAAGAGCAGCUCAAGAUCCCAUACCUGGCGUCCGGCGGUUUCGCAAACGGGCGACAACUCGCUGCGGCGCUGGUGCUCGGCGCCGUCGGAGUCAACAUGGGCACACGGUGGAUGUGCACAGUGGAGUCACCGAUUCACCACAACGUUAAAGAGGCGAUCGUCAAGGCCUCAGAGAAUGAUACGGUCUUGGUCCUUCGCAAGUUCAGGAACACAUCCCGGUUGCACAAGAACAAGGUUUCUCUCGAGGUACACAAGAUUGAGAAUGAGAAGAAGGACGUCGAGUUCAAGGAUGUUGCGCAUCUGAUGAGCGGAAAGCGUGGUCAGGGUGUGUACGAAACGGGUGAUGUUGACGCUGGUGUGUGGAGCCUGGGAAUGUGUGCGGGUUUGAUUCAUGAUAUACCCACGUGUGAGGAAUUGGCGAAGACCAUGGAGAGGGAUGCGAUUGAGACUUUGACGCAGUCGAAUGCGUUGAUUGUCAAGAGCGCAAAGUUGUAG